AUGAAAGCUCCCCUAGAACAACAACAGGAAAUAGAAAAUGGCAUCUUGAUUCAAGUUCUCCACCGAUCAGGAUCCAGCAUUGCGAUGUGCAGGCUUUGCCCCCGUCCCGGUUGCUCCGUCAUUCCUCCUAGGAUCGUCCAGCCUGCGCCCAGCUAUGACGGCGCCUCAGCCUUCGCUGCGUACCAAGUCUUCAAAGACACACCAGAAGACUUGGAAGCUGCAGUCCGACCUCUGCGUCCCCCGUUCGGUAUCGUCAUCUACGACAUGAUGCACACCGCUCGACCUACUCUCAGUGCACGGCUCACACGCACCGUGUUUGACCGCACUUGCCGGUAUCAUAGGCAUCGUAACUACAGACCGGACCGGGUCGAGGUCGUCACACCACCCUUGCUUCAGUCGUCCACGGAUGUUGAGCAUGUGGAUGCUUGUAUCUGCCACCAUGAUGAGGAGAUCCAGAGUCGAACGUUGAUACUCAACGAGGCCGAGCCAGUCUCCUGGUUCCUACCGAGGCGUGAUUUGAAUGGCAGUUACGCACGGAGGAUCCUUGCCAUCAACCGCCUAGAAGGAUACAGCAGUGACGACGAAGUCGAGGUGGCCCUUGGGAAGGAGCCGCUUAGCAACAAAGAAGACGCUCUCGAGCAUGCAGCUCUUAAGAAUUCCGAGGCGAGCCGCUCUGGCAGUUUUCUUGGCAUCGACUGGCAGCCCCGCAAAGAGCUAUGGAGUUUAUACAAUGGUCGAAAUUAUGACCCGGAUAUGGAAAUGAGGCGGUGA